AAUGAGCUUUACAUUGGACGUGUAUAUAUAAUGCCAACUUUCAUCAUGUUGUCUAGCGAUUGGCCGCAUUUGUUGUCACACUGACAAUGCAGCGAUUGUAAACAUCAUAACAUGAUCAUAACCCCUAUUUUAGGUGUGUACAUUUAUUAAUCACUGCAAGUCAAAAAGCACAAAUGGCAAAAAAUACUUCCAGUUCAGCCUUUCGGAAGAUUGACGUCGAUCAGUACUGUGAGGACAACUACAAGGAAGAUGAAGUGGAUCAAGUGGUGCCAGGACAAGGCCCCGAAGAAAACGACGUGAAAAUUCUGCUUCAAAAAGGAAAACUGAUUGAUGCCCUGAAACUGGUACUCACCAAGGCCCCAUUGGGCACAAAAAACCAACAAAUCAAGGAAAACGCAUUGAACCUGACCUUAAGCGUGCUGCUUUCGAUAAAGCCUUCGCAAAUAGAAGAAGCCGUCAGUAGUCUGGACAUGGACCUUUUAGAUGUUCUCAUGAAGUAUGUGUACAAGGGCUUUGAGAACCCUUCGGAAGGAAGCAGCGGCCACUUACUAGUGUGGCACGAAAAAGUGUACAAUGUUGGGGGUGUGGGCUGUAUUGUCCGGGUUUUAUCUGAUAAUCGAAGAGUUUAAGAUUUGCCAAAUGUUUUUGUUUAAUUUUUUUUACUAUAAGCAAUAAAUAGGUUUGAGAAAGUA